AUGGACUCCUCCGAAGAAGAUUAUGACAUUGAUAAUACAAACUCCACUGAAGACAUUUGGGAUGGAUUUGAUGAAAUAGAUUCAUAUUUCACGAGGCAGCAACACUUUGAUAUAGCCCGUGUGGUGUUAUUUACAAUCACCGCCAUUGUGGGAAUGGUUGGCAAUGGCUUAGUAAUCUGGAUCACUGGAUUUAAAAUGAAGAAGAGUGUGAGUGCGGUUUGGUUCCUCAACUUGGCCGUUGCCGAUUUCAUAUCUUCUCUCUUCCUUCUGUUAUAUAUCAUAGAAUGGGCUUUCCCAUUCUUUUCGAUGCAUAGUUUCAUCUUAUGCACUGUACGUUUUUUCAUACUGUCUUUAAACAUGAUGACUAGUGUCUACUUCCUGAUGGUCAUCAGUCUUGACCGGUGUGUGUCCACCAUGUGGCCGCUUUGGACCAGGAUACACCGAAAAAUCAAACCAGCCCGAAUUAUUUCAGGAAUCAUUUGGGUGUUCUGCCUUGUGAGCGGCUUCAUGUACGAGGCUUAUCAUUUUUCUGAUCGUAUUCAGUUUGAGUGUUUACAAAAGCGUUAUCUCGUCGAUAGUGGAGAACCUAGACAAAAGCACAUCACCAGAAUGAUUGUCUUGUUUGUUUUGCCCUUUACCAUCAUUUUAGCUUCUUAUGGUUUUGUUGCCUUCAAAUUAAGGGCCAGAAGAAGAUGGCACAAGUCCAACCGGCCAUUCAGAGUCAUCAUUGCCCUGGUCCUUUGCUUCUUCAUCUGUUGGUUUCCCUUUCACAUGUCUUCAGUUACACCAGAUGUUAAUAAGACUUUCAAAGGUUGGUGGAAGAAUGUUCUCAAGGAAGAAAUAUGUUUAUUUCUUGCCUAUUUAAACAGUUGUCUUAAUCCCAUCAUCUACGUCUUACUAAGCCAACAAGUGAAGACAAAGACCUUACAGAACAGAAUAGAAAGCGCGGUGACGGGACACAACGAUCUCCACGAUGAUGAUGAUGAAAUAUCUAGUACAACCCAUAGAACUAGAGGGCAAUCUUCAUCAGCAUUUUAA